AUGUGGGUGCUGGCCCUGCAGUCACAUGAGCCUUUCCAGGACAGGGUGCCCGGGGAACAGGAGUGUGUGAGGUCCAGAGUCAGACUCGUGUUCAACACGGUAAUUAAUGGGAAGGCAACUGGAAAAGGAAUAUUACUUGGUCCUCCCUGGAGGUUCUUUGACGGUUCAGUUCAGUUCAAUCCCUCAGUCGUGUCUGACUCUUUGCGACCCCAUGGGGCUUUUCUAAGGAGUCAGUUUUUUGCAUCAGGUGGCCCAAGUAUUGGAGCUUCAGCUUCAGUAUCUGUUCUUCCGAUGAACAUUCAGGACUGA